AUGUUCUCGGACCUUGUAACAAUGUCAACAUCGCUGAACUCGCGAAUCGCGAAUCGACAUCGUUGUCAUCAUCUGUGUGAUUACUUUAUUUUCUGUGUGCUUAUUGGUUCGUUAUAUUGUGGUUAUUAUUCUGUUCUCUUUUCAAUUUUUUGUCAAUUAAGGGUUUUCGUUGUCCUACCGAUAUUUCCAUUUAGGCGUACAUCGGCGAAGGCCAUGAGAGCAGCGACUCCUAUGAAUUUGCCGGUGCACAGGACCACAUUCGUAACACUCGGUUUGAUUUCACUGGUGAAUCUCGGUUUGUUUUUCAACAAUUUAAAAGUGAUAAUCGUGUUGUUGUUGAUUGCUUUGUUUACUAUGUUUUUUUGCCCUUGA